UUGUCACCCCCCCCCCCCUUGUCCCCUCCCGUUCCCGAAUGUCCCCAAAUGUCGCAAGAGCCUCCCCUGAGUCACCUCCGGGCGGUGACGUCGCCCUUGCGAAAUUUCUGCGGCAAAUUUGGGGCCGCUUCCCCUUUUCCCGACACUUUUGGGGUCACGUGGAGGGAGGGGACAGGAGGGGACAGGAGGGGACAGGAGGGGACAGGGACAGGGACAGGGACAGGGACAGGGACAGGAGGGGACACGGCCAUGGCGCUCCCGACCUUCAUCCCAACGCUGGCCUCUCUCCCGCUCCUUUUCCCGCUGGCGAUGCUUUCAGUCCUCCCUCCCCCCGCCCCCGACAUCUCGGUGUCGCCGGCCAAGCCGCGGUUCCUCGUCGGCGACACCGUGUCCAUCGCCUGCGCCGUGCCGGGCGGCGCCGGGCCGUACAGGAUCGCCGGGUUCCGCUUCUCCCACGAGUCGCGCGUCACCGACGCCACCGCGUCCAAGCCGAGAUUCGCGCUGACCUUCAACGUCACCGGGCCGCGAGAUGGCGGCCACUACAGCUGCGCCUACAGGGUGCGGCAGCGCGGCGGUGACGUCACCGAGUCGGCGCGGAGCGGUGACGUGCUCAUCGACGUGCAAGACCGCCCUCCCCAACCCAACCUGACGGUGGCGCCGUCCGCCCUCACCGUCGAAGGCCAACCCCUCGUCUUCCUCUGCUCCGCCCCUCCCGGCGCCGCCGAGCGCCGCUUCCGCUUCUUCCAGGACGGGCUGGAGGUGGGGGGCGGGCUCCUGGAAGGUUCCGGAAGCGCCGGGGCGCGGCUGAGGGUGGAGAGGAGCGAGCGGAACGGCACCGGGAAUUUCAGCUGCGGCUACGAGGAGAGGGCGGAGGGGCGCUGGAUCGCGUCCUACGCCAGCGACGCCGUGGCCGUGGAGGUGGAGGCCCCGUGCCCGGCGCCGGCGCUGUGGGUGGAGCCGCCCUCGGGCGUGGUGGCCUCGGGUCACCGAAUCCGUCUGGGCUGCGCCGCCGCCCCGCGACGCUUCCGGCGCCGCUUCCGGUUCUACCGCGACGGCGACGUCAUCAACGGUGAUGACGUCAUCGGUGACGUCAUCGGGAACGGGUCGGAGCUGUUGAUCCGGGAGGUUUUCCAGAAUUUCUCCGGGAAUUUCAGCUGCCGGGUGCUGGAGGAGGUGGGCGGGGCCUGGGUGGAGGCUCCGCCCAGCGGGGGCGUGGCCGUGGUGGUCAGGGGUAGCGCGGGGCCGCGGCCGCAGCUCUGGGUGGACGCCGCGGACACGGCCGGAGCCGGGGCCGGACGCUUCAGCUGUGGAUACGAGGAGGAGCUGGAGGGGGGAUGGGCGGCGUCGCCGAUCAGCGCCGGCGUGGACGUGCCCGCUCAGCUCAACCUCCUCCCAUUGGUCGUCGGCGGCGUGGUGGGCGUGGCCUCGCUGAUCCUGGCGCUCCUAUUGGCUGCCUGGCUGUGCCGCAGGAGGAGGGGGGGUUCCCGCUGGCGGGGGCUGAGCCCCGGCGACGACACCGGGACCUUGUCCAUGGGGGAGCUGGAGGUGGCCACCUGAGCCAGGCCACGCCCACCAAAAUGGCCGCCGGUGCUGCUGGGACCACGCCCACCAAGAUGGCCGACAACGUGCUGAGACCACGCCCCCAAAAUGGCGUCACUGCCACAUCCACAAUAUGGCUGACAGAAUAAAGCUUGCAGCCUCAAAAUGGCUGACAGUGUGCUGAGAUCACGUUUCCAAAAUGGCGUCAUAGACCACGCCCACAAUAUGGUUGACAAAAUAAAGUUUGUACGCUCAAAAUGGCUGACGGUGUGUUGAGACCACGCCUCAAAAUGGCUGCCAGGUCAAAGAUCAUGCCUCUAAUAUGGCUGACAGAAUGAAAAUUGCACCCUCAA